AUGCCAAUAUCGAAUGAAUCAGAUAUUGAACUUCAACUUUAUUUUCUCGAUUGUGAACCCAAUUCUAUUGUUCGUUUAUUGAAUGAUAAAUCAAUUAUGGAUCAUUUGCUGCGUACGACAACAACUAAAAUAAUUAAAUUCGAAAAAAAAUAUCAAAGAAAAGAAGCUCACAGAGUUACUGAUAUUGAUCAGGUUUCUUUAUCAGAUAGUCCUUCGUUAUAUGUACCAAUAGAAAUUACAAAAAUGAAACAUCGUAACAUGCCACUAUCAAUCUCUCCGUCUGCAUCGACUACUCGAUCAUCAUUAUCAUCAAUUGAAAUACAAACGGAAAACAAAGCUUUUAUUCCUCGAGCACCACCAUUACCCGAUUCGUUCGAUUUAGCAAUUAAAUCUCAAUUACAAUCGCUUCCAAAAACUCUGAAAAUACCUGGGCAACAAACUUUAUGGUCGAAUGUAAAAAAUUAUGAAGUCGCUGAGUAUUUCAAUGAAUUGACAAGCACACCAAAUCAAAAAAAUUCACAUAUUUCAAACGUAUCGAAAACGAAAACGAUCCUGGAUGAUCGAAAAUCGUACAAUAUUGGUAUGUAUUAUGUUUUAAUGUAA